UCCCCCGUCAUCGUCGCUUCAUUCGUCCUCAUAGGGGAAGGGUAGCGAUCGUCCCUCUGUUUUCUCGGGUGCUACGUCUCGAGCAAAGACCAUGGCGAGUGGUCUCCUUCGAUCCAAGGCUGGCAUGGCCAUCAGGAAUGUAGCAACGUUGCAGGGGCAUGCCCCUCAAUGCACAACUUAUGCAGCUUCAAGGCUGAUGAGUUCGACGGCACCUCUUCAAUCUGAAUCAACAGAAGAAAGAGGGUUCAAGGGACACGAUAUGUUAGCACCGUUCACUGCUGGAUGGCAAACCACUGAUUUGCAUCCUCUAGUCAUCGAUAAAUCGGAGGGAUCCUAUGUUUAUGACAUUAAUGGGAAGAAAUAUCUUGAUGCUCUUGCUGGGUUAUGGUGUACAGCUUUAGGUGGAAAUGAACCUCGGCUUAUUGCUGCAGCAACUGCACAGUUAAAUAAAUUGCCAUUCUAUCAUUCCUUUUGGAACCGUACCACAAAACCAUCCCUGGAUCUUGCAAAGGAAAUUCUUGAGAUUUUCACAGCUAGAAAAAUGGGAAAGGUCUUCUUCACCAACAGUGGUUCAGAAGCUAAUGAUUCCCAGGUGAAGCUGGUUUGGUACUAUAACAAUGCAUUGGGAAGGCCAAACAAGAAGAAAUUUAUAGCACGUUCAAAAUCGUAUCAUGGAUCAACAUUAAUAUCUGCCAGUCUUUCUGGUCUUCCAGCUUUACACCAGAAGUUUGAUCUGCCAGCACCAUUUGUUUUGCACACAGAUUGCCCUCACUACUGGCGCUUUCACCUUCCUGGCGAGACGGAGGAGGAAUUUUCAACUAGGUUGGCAAAUAACUUGGAGAAUCUUAUUCUGAAAGAAGGACCAGACACGAUUGCUGCAUUCAUUGCUGAACCUGUCAUGGGUGCUGGAGGUGUUAUACCUCCUCCAAAGACAUAUUUUGAAAAGAUUCAAGCUGUUGUAAAGAAGUACGAUAUCCUUUUUAUUGCAGAUGAGGUCAUUACUGCUUUUGGAAGGCUAGGGACUAUGUUUGGAUGUGACAAAUAUAAGAUCCAGCCUGAUCUUGUCUCCAUAGCGAAAGCUCUUUCAUCAGCAUACAUGCCAAUUGGUGCAACACUUGUUAGCCCAGAAAUAGUUGAAGUUAUACAUUCACAAAGUAACAAACUCGGUUCAUUUUCUCAUGGAUUCACAUAUUCGGGGCAUCCAGUUUCUUGUGCUGUUGCUUUGGAAGCACUUAAGAUUUAUAAGGAAAGAGAGAUACCUAGCCAUGUGUCAGCGAUCUCUCCCAAGUUCCAGGAGGGCAUCAGAACCUUUUCAGGAAGUCCCAUCAUUGGUGAGAUACGUGGGACAGGGUUGAUUCUUGGAACCGAGUUCAGUGACAACAAAUCUCCAAAUGACCCAUUCCCUCCUGAAUGGGGAGUAGGUGCAAUCUUUGGGUCAGAGUGUGAGAAGCGUGGGAUGCUGAUUCGAGUUGCUGGGGAUAACACGAUGAUGUCUCCUCCCCUCGUAAUGACCCCAGAUGAAGUUGAUGAAUUGGUAAGCAUCUACGGAGACGCGCUGAGGAGCACGGAGGAGAAGGUGGCAGAGCUGAAAUCCAAGAGAACACAGUAGGCAGAGCCAAUCAUCUCAAGUGUUUGGAGGGAGCAUCGUCAUCGUCGGAUUGGCUCCUCCAUCAUCCAUCCGUUGGUCGCUGUAAGUUAAACGUUUUAAUUGCUUUGUAAUGACCCUAUUAUUGCUUUUAAUAAGAGCAUGACACUGGUCAUGUUGACAUUCUCGCA